AUGUUGCAAAGGGCGGCAACUGGCAAUGGCGUUACUGAGGCGGAUUUGGAAGCACUCGAAGGCGAGCUGGAACGGACCAGGGCCAAGCGUGAAGCCAAGCGCUCUGCUGCAGAAAAGUCUGGCAGGACUGAAAGAUACAGCGUGCCAAUUCUGGUGGACGCCACAAAUAGAGGCUUUGAGACGCCUGCUCGCAACCCUGCUGCCAAAGUCGCUGCUCACCAGCGCAAGACACCCACCAGCUCAUCCUUCCACAGCCGCGCCCAGGCUGGGGAGGUGGUAAAAUCACUCAAUGCGCACCUGGACUUCACGGCAGGGGAUCUUGGAACAUCGGAGGCGAUGGAUGUGGACGGGGGCCCCCGCUGCCGGGUGGACCUGGUGCGGCCGGGGCUGAGGGCAGGCCACAAAUUCAUGAGCAACCGGAUACCCAGCCGAGUAGCCUUCCUAGAAGCGCGCAUGCUCGACUUCUGCGCUGCCCUGGAGGCCGCCACCGGCUGCCCGGCGGGCAACCCAGUGGGCCUCCCAACCCAGGAGGCGGCGCUGUUUGUGGGGCGAGUGGUGUGCGACGCGGAGGGCCACCUCAAUGCCAACAGCCUGCUGCUGGAGGGAACGCUGAAGCACAGCCAGGGCGCCAGCAUCAAGCUAGAUGUGGUGGGAGUGCUUGGGCUGAACCCCAGCGGCAGCUGCCUGGUGGCGCAGCGGCUGAUAACUUCCCUCCCCCGACCCUUCCCCUCAUCCACCCCUGACGACCUGCAACGCUUUGCAAUGGCCACAGGUGCCGGCGGGGUGAGCAUGGCGGUGGCGGUGGGCCCCUUCACAACAUCGGAGGACCUCGAGUUCGCUCCCCUGGCGGAGCUGCUCGGCAGCUGCCGCGCCAGCCGCCCGGACGUCCUGCUGCUGAUCGGGCCAUUUGUGGAUGUCGAGCAUGCGCUCAUCUCCAAUGGAUCCCUGGAUAUCACCUUUGAGGAGCUCUUUGAGACCCAGGUGCUCGGCAGGCUGAGGGAAUUUGUGGAGGGAACGCCAGGGACGCAGGUGCUGCUGGUGCCGAGCGGCAGGGACGCGCAUGCAGACCCGGUCUUCCCUCAGGCGGCGUUCCCUGCCUCCGGGCUGCCCGCCUCCAUCCGGCAGCUGCCCAACCCGGCCACCUUCCGCCUCAACGAACUCGUCUUCGGCGUCGCCAGCCCCGACUUCCUCAAACAGGUGUCGUCGCAGGAGAUCGCCAAGGGGCCGACCCCCGACCGCAUGGCUGCAUUGGCCGGCCAUAUCAUCGGCCAGGGCAGUUAUUUCCCUCUGUAUCCCCCGGCCCCGGGGUCUAUGCUGGACGCCUCUUUAGGCGCGGAGCUCGACCUGCCAUGCACGCCGGACGUGCUCAUCCUGCCGUCUGACCUGGCGGCCUUCGCCAAAUCAGUCGCCGCCGACAAACCCGCCAGAUCAGGCGACGCCAGUUCAGGCGCGCCCGACGAGCGCUUAGUUAUGGGCAACGUCGUGUGCGUCAAUCCCGGCCGCCUCGCCAAGGACAAGAGCGGCGGCACAUUUGCCAGGCUUAAGGUGGGUGCAUCGAAGGAGGGACUAGCACUGGCGGCCGGAGAGCCGCCAGAGACCAACGGCAAGCUGCAGCAUGCUGUGGACGAGCGCUGCAUGGUCGAGAUCCGCAGGAUCUGA